GCGCCGUAAGAGGACCGACGGCGGCUCCACUUGGCCCGGGCGUCGAAGCGAGCAGACGCCGCCGCCUCCUCCUCCUCCGACCCGUCUAGGCCUCCGCUUCCCUCGGCCGGGGGACGCGCUUCGGACCCAGCCGAUCCCGGGCGACGCUCCGAGGACGAUGCCCCGCGGAAGAAAAACUGGAAGAAUUAAAUUUUUGAUUCAGCUGACUGCCAAACUGCUCAGAUUUCUCUGAAGAGUCCCGGCUUGAAAGCUUAUCAAGAGCUGAACAAUUUGCCAAACCUGACAGUGCAGAAAAGACUUUAAUUACAAGCCAUGAUCAGUUCAAAAAUUUCCUUCAGAUUGCUGGGGUUCUACGCGUUCCUUUUUUUUCAAGGCUGGAACCAAGACGGUGUGAUCCAUGCGGCAGGUAUAAAAACAGAUCCUGGCCAGCAGAAGCAGGAAGAUGGGGUGACCAUAGCCCCAGAGGAUAUAAUGCCUUUUUUACAGUGCUACUGUUCCGGUCACUGUCCAGAAAAUGCCAUUAAUAACACGUGCAAAACUAACGGACAUUGUUUUGCCAUCAUUGAGGAAGACGAAAAUGGAGAAAAAACCCUCUCUUCCGGCUGCAUGAAAUACGAAGGUUCAGACUUCCAAUGCAAGGAUUCCCGAGUUGUUUUACGACGCCGUACCAUUGAAUGUUGCCGGACCGACUUCUGCAAUCAAGAUCUGCAGCCCACUCUACCCCCUACUUCAAAAAUUAACCUGUUUGAUGGCAGCAUACGUUGGAUAGCUGUGCUUAUUUGCAUGGCAGUCUGCAUAAUUGCCAUGAUUGCCCUCUUUGGCUGCUUCUGCUACAGACAUUACUGCAAAGGGGUAACAAAGAGACGACGUUAUAAUCGUGAUUUGGAGCAGGAUGAGGCCUUCAUCCCAGCUGGGGAAUCAUUAAAGGAUCUUAUUGACCAGUCGAUCAGCUCUGGAAGUGGUUCAGGACUGCCUCUGUUGGUGCAACGGACGAUCGCCAAACAGAUUCAGAUGAUCCAGCAGGUUGGAAAAGGGAGGUACGGUGAAGUUUGGAUGGGUAAAUGGAGAGGGGAAAAGGUGGCCGUGAAAGUGUUCUCCACCCCCGAAGAAGCCAGCUGGUUUCGGGAAACAGAGAUUUACCAGACAGUUCUUAUGCGCCAUGAAAAUAUACUUGGGUUCAUCGCAGCAGACAUUAAAGGCACAGGCUCCUGGACUCAUCUCUACCUGAUCACCGAUUACCACGAAAAGGGAUCCUUGUAUGAUUUCCUGCAGUACACCACGCUGGACAACAGAGCGUUGUUGAAACUGGCUUAUUCUGCCGCGUGUGGCCUCUGCCACCUGCACACGGAAAUCUAUGGGACUCAAGGGAAGCCUGCUAUUGCCCACAGAGACCUGAAGAGCAAAAACAUUUUGAUCAAGAGGAACGGGUCCUGCUGCAUUGCAGAUUUGGGCCUCGCUGUCAAAUUUAACAGGUAGACAAUCAAGUCCUCCU